AUGGGGAGAGAAAGAGGGCUGCAGACAUCAUACAAAUAUUUGUCUAAUUCCACGUAUUCCUACAUCCAGACCCUUGUGGAUCAGCAUGUUGAAUGGAUUGCUGCAGUCUCCUUAGCUGCUGGAGCAGCUGCUGUUGGGUAUCUCGCUUACAAAAAAUUUCUCUCUAAAGACAAAUGCUGCAAAGCAAUGGUGAAUCCCCAUAUCCAGAAGGAUAACCCCAAGGUAGUCCAUGCAUUUGAUAUGGAAGAUCUGGGAGACAAGGCUGUGUACUGUCGUUGUUGGAGAUCUAAGAAGGUAAGAGAAGAGUAAAUGGUCCAAUU